UCUCUUUACUGGCGAUUGGCUAAAACCGCACCAGUUCCUGCAAUCAGCUGAGGUAUACGAUACAACUGCAGGACUGUACCAAAAGCUUCAUCCUUCUCUCUCUCUCUCUCUCCACAUUUCUCAAGUCCCAGAAAUUGCAGUAGUCAAGAUUCUUGCUUGGUUCUUCUCAUAAAAAUUUUCAAGAUUUCUGUGAAAGUCAUACAUGAGUAUUCGUUAUGGGAAUCACCAGCUUGUUCUGGGUAGCCCACCAAAACCACCCAAGUUUUCACCCAACAGGAAAUCACUGAUUUCAGUGCAUUUUAAGGGUGCUCGACAAUGGGAUCCUUCUCAUAUUUCGGCUUCUUUUUCCACCAAGAAGCCCAUUUGGGAACAUAAGUUUCUUGUUGGAGCUGCCUCUGCGGCUUCUUCUGCCCCACUGGGUGGCUCUGAUGCCGAAUAUUCUGAGCAACUGCUGGGGCCAAAGCUGAAGCAAAAAGCACGACGGGUAGCCGGAAUAGAUCAGGAAGAAAUAGAAGAUCCAACACUUUUAGCUGAUUCUGAUAGUUGUUUCUGUGAAUUUAACGGCGUGCAACUACACCACAAGAUUUGUGAUGCAGAGUUAGCAGCUCCAGAUACUAUAAAAGAAGGAUCAACUUCACAAUCCCCUAAAAAGUUUAAUUUUCCUAUGAUUUUGUUGCAUGGCUUUGGAGCCUCAGUCUUUUCAUGGAACAGAGUCAUGAAACCUUUAGCACAAGUUACUGGUUCUAAAGUUCUUGCAUUUGAUAGACCAGCAUUUGGAUUGACAUCGAGGAUUAAUGCUAUUAAGCAUUCAUCCUCUAGUAACCAAGACUCCAGACCCUUGAAUCCGUACUCAAUGAUGUUUUCGGUGUUGGCAACACUCUACUUCAUUGACUUCUUGGCUCAUGACAAAGCAAUCCUAGUGGGGCACUCUGCUGGUGCCCUUGUAGCCGUAGAUGCAUAUUUUGAGGCACCUGAGCGUGUAGCUGCUCUGAUCCUUGUCGCGCCAGCAAUUCUUGCGCCAUUGACUAUGCAGAAUGUUAUCAAAGAAAAUCAACCUGGAACGGAUAAUCAGAUACAAGGAAACAGCUCAGAUAUAAAUACCAGUGGGAACCUAGUUUCCAGGCUAUGUGGUAUUUUAUCAAAGUUCACUAAUUUUAUCGCAGAAGCCAUAGUGCACAUGGUAAAAGGGAUGGCAGACAUGAUAAACACUCUUUAUAAGAAUGCCUUGUCGGCUAUCCUGCGGUCUGCAUUUGGUGUGAUAGUGAUAAGGAUGAUAAUUGAUAGAUUUGGUAUACAAGCUGUCCGCACUGCAUGGUAUGAUUCAAAUCAGGUUUCUGAUCAUGUAGUACAAGGCUAUACAAAGCCACUGAAGGUCAAAGGCUGGGACAAGGCCCUAGCGGAAUACACAGUGGCACUGUUAACAGAUUCCGCAUCCAAAUUAAAGCCACCUCUUGCAAAAAGGCUGAGUGAAAUCUCAUGUCCAGUUCUGAUCGUUACGGGUGAUACUGAUCGGCUUGUCCCCUCUUGGAACUCUGAACGACUUUCACGAGCCAUUCCAGGAUCUUGCUUUGAAUUAAUCAAGAAUUGCGGCCACUUGCCCCAAGAAGAAAAGCCUGAAGAAUUUGUAUCUAUUGUGGAUAAAUUCCUGCAAAGAGUGUUUGGUGUUGCAGAAGAGCCACUACUCCAAGCAGCAACUUGAAGUUGGUUCCCUGCUAGGUGAACAUAAUAUUUUUCUGGCUUGAGAGGCGAACAUAAUAUUUUUCUGAGGUCUGCAGAGAAACACGAAAUGCUUUACAGAAUUUGGAAAUGUAAUUCUUAUUAUGCUUGUAAAUAGUUCCGUUGUCUCCAUACAAAUUCACACGGAUUAUUUCUUCCAUUUAACUAGAAUCCAAGUUGUACUA